UGUGAGGAACCUCCAGGCAUGCACCGAUGUGAGUCUCAUCGAGCACGUACUGCAUCGUUUGUCAAGAGCAGAAACAGUUGUUGCAGAUCUGCUGAUUGAUAUGCUUGGAGUGCUAGCGAGUUAUAGUAUAACAGUCAAGGAAUUAAAACUUCUGUUUGGGGCAAUGAAGGCGGUCAAGGGAAAAUGGCCACGACACUCGGCGAAACUGUUGAACGUACUUCGUCAAAUGCCACAGCGAAAUGGACCCGAUGUUUUUUUCAGUUUUCCUGGGAGAAAAGGAUCGGCAAUUGUCCUGCCGCCAAUGGCGAGGUGGCCCUAUGAAAGUGGAUUCACCUUUACAACUUGGUUCCGCCUCGAUCCUAUCAACUCUGUUAAUAUUGAAAGAGAAAAGCCCUACCUCUACUGUUUCAAAACGAGCAAGGGAGUCGGUUACUCGGCCCAUUUCGUUGGUAAUUGCUUGGUACUUACUUCAAUGAAAGUUAAGGGCAAGGGCUUCCAGCACUGUGUCAAAUAUGAAUUUCAACCACGAAAGUGGUACAUGAUCGCCAUAGUGUACAUAUACAAUAGAUGGACAAAAAGCGAAAUAAAAUGUUUAGUAAAUGGACAAUUGGCAUCGAGUACAGAGAUGGCGUGGUUUGUUUCCACCAAUGAUCCAUUCGAUAAAUGCUACAUCGGUGCAACCCCGGAAUUGGACGAGGAGCGAGUAUUUUGCGGUCAAAUGAGUGCAAUAUAUCUGUUCAGCGAAGCGCUCACUACUCAUCAAAUUUGCGCAAUGCACCGACUCGGACCGGGAUACAAAAGCCAAUUCCGUUUUGACAACGAGUGCUACUUGAACUUACCCGACAAUCAAAAAAGGGUGAGUGAUGAACAGGAGCCCCCAAGCAUGGUCGACCAAAGUAUGCAAACUGUAUUGUACGAUGGCAAACUAUCGAAUGCUAUCGUUUUCAUGUAUAAUCCAGUGGCCACGGACUCCCAAUUGUGUCUCCAAAGUGCACCAAAAGGCAAUGUAUCUUACUUCGUUCACACGCCUCACGCUCUUAUGCUCCAGGACGUCAAAGCAGUUAUUACACAUUCCAUACAUAGCACACUGAAUUCCAUCGGAGGAAUUCAGGUGUUAUUUCCGUUAUUUUCACAAUUGGACAUGCCUUAUGAUUGUAUAGCACCCAACGACAUCAAGCGAGAUCCUACCCUAUGUUCGAAACUUUUGGGAUUCAUCUGUGACCUCGUAGAAACUUCACAGACAGUGCAGCAGCAUAUGGUACAAAAUCGAGGCUUCCUAGUCAUCAGUUUUAUGCUCCAACGAGCAAGCAGAGAGCAUCUAACCACCGAAGUUCUUGCAUCCUUUUUGGAACUCACUAAGCACCUUGUCACCUGCCUCAGUGCUAACAGUGAUUUACUAUUAAAACAGCUGUUGGACCAUGUACUGUUUAAUCCAGCUCUAUGGAUUUACACACCAGCUCCAGUGCAAACACGUCUUUAUUCAUACUUGGCUACGGAGUUUCUCAGCGAUACUCAGAUUUAUUCAAACGUCAGGCGUGUAUCAACGGUUCUGCAAACAGUUCAUACGCUCAAGUAUUACUAUUGGGUGGCAAAUCCACGAGCUAAAAGUGGAAUUACACCGAAGGGAAUGGAUGGGCCACGACCGCAGCAGAAGGACAUCCUGACAAUUCGCUCGUACAUUCUUCUUUUCCUAAAGCAGCUGAUAAUGAUUGGCAACGGUGUGAAGGACGAUGAGCUGCAGAGCAUCCUGAAUUACCUGACGACAAUGCACGAGGAUGAGAAUCUUCACGACGUUCUGCAGAUGCUCAUUUCGCUGAUGUCAGAGCAUCCUUCCUCAAUGGUACCAGCAUUCGAUGCCAAACAGGGAGUUCGCACCAUUUUCAAGCUCAUGGCUGCUGAAAGCCAACUGAUAAGACUCCAAGCACUCAAACUCCUGGGAUUUUUCUUGAGUCGUAGCACACACAAGCGCAAAUACGAUGUCAUGAGUCCCCACAACCUCUAUACUCUUCUAUCAGAGCGUCUCUUACUGAACGAAGAGACUCUACUUCUCCCAACGUAUAAUGUUCUCUAUGAGAUCAUGACUGAACACAUAAGCCAGCAUAUUCUCUACACGAGACAUCCAGAGCCAGAGUCCCACUAUCGAUUGGAAAAUCCCAUGAUCCUCAAAGUCGUUGCCACACUGAUAAGACAAUCCAAGCAAACGGAACAGCUGUUGGACGUUAAGAAGUUGUUUCUAUCGGAUAUGACACUUCUCUGUAAUAAUAAUCGAGAAAAUCGUCGGACAGUCCUGCAAAUGUCCGUCUGGCAGGAGUGGCUCAUUGCAAUGGCUUAUAUUCAUCCCAAGAAUACCGAGGAACAGAAAAUAUCAGAUAUGGUAUACUCCCUGUUCCGAAUGCUCCUUCACCACGCAAUCAAGCACGAAUACGGUGGCUGGCGAGUGUGGGUGGACACUCUAGCAAUUGUCCACUCGAAAGUUUCCUACGAGGAAUUUAAACUGCAAUUUGCCCAAAUGUACGAGCAUUACGAGCGUCAGCGUUCCGAUAAUAUAACAGAUCCCGAGGUGAGACAACAGAGACCAAUCAGCACAAUUUCAGGAUGGGAUCAGCAGCAUACCGGAAACAAUGGUUACAGCAGACCCUCGGCAUGGACAGUUCAGCAAUCCCAAGAUGUCCAAAGUAUCGAGAGAAAUUACAAAGAUUACGAUGGAAUCGAGGCUAAUGAUAGACUCGAGGAAUCAUGCAGCUGUGACUUAAAUUCCAUUGACAAUACCGAGAGCGAUGGUAGCCCAUCUAUUGUCAAGUCACGAAGUGAUAAUCUAGCAUUGCCAUCGAGUGAAGCUGUGUCAUUGGACUCGAGAUUGAGUGAAAAGCUAGAAGCACCACCAGUUGUUGAGAAUCAUGUUGAAACACCGACCAUCCACGAGGAAGUUAAUAGCGAGGCCCUUUCGUUACCAACCACCCACGAAACUAGUGAAGUUGUAUCGAUUGAGAGCUCUAGUGAGCUUUACAGUGAAGUGCACAAAGUUGAGAGUUCAAGCAUUGAUUCAGUGGGACAGGAGGGUGACAAGAACGGGGAAAUUAACAGGCAUGAGCACGUGGACAAUGUUAUCGUUGAUGUCGUCGAGAAAGAUGGGGAAGCAGUGACAGUUGAUACGACUGUUGCAAAUGAAACGAUCGAUGAAAUUAAGGACAACAAUAUUGAGGUAAACCCAAAUGCAAUUGCUGAUGAGCAAACGGUUCUUGAGGAUGCAGCAAAGCAAUCGGCAGAGAUCGAAAAAACGGCGGAAAUAGUCGGCGAAAAGAAUGAGACAACCGAUACAAAUGAUAACGACAAGAUUACAUCGCAAACUGAAAAGAUUGAGUUUGAAGCAGAUGAGACUGCAGUGCUCCCAGAGAUUAUAACUUCUAAGAUGGACAUUACUCUGCAGAACGGAACUGGUGAGAUAACAUCUAAUGAAUCAGUGGAGGAGAAAGCAAUUCCAGAGACUGAAGAAACAGCUCCAAUCGAGGAUAAACCUUCAACUGAUCAAAAGGAGGAGGCGGAAUUACUUGGUAAAGAGCCCGAGCCAGAAUCUAGGGAUGAAAAGAUGCCAGAAGUAGAGAAUCCACUCGAAGACAGCGUACAGAAAACAGAAGACUCAUCAGUGGUGAUGCAAUCCGCUGAACCAAUAGAAUCCACAGAACUAGAGGAGAACAUUGAAGAUGAGGUGAAUCCAGUAGAAUUAGCAAACAUUCCACAUAACAAAGAGGAGAAAGAGGUGAUGAAUUCUGAAAGCCCUCAGUCUGCUGAAUCUCAAACAACUCCUGAGCCUCCGAAGACUCCGAAGACUAUUGAGUCUGAGGUUAAAGAGGUCGACAAACAGAAUGGUGAGAGUAAUGAGAUAAAGGAAAACCUACUAAAAGUUAAUGAAGUUAAUGGUGUGGGAAUUGAGGAUGAGCUGAAGAAUCAAACAGAUGAUGAGAAUGUGAAUAUUGAUUCAUCUGACGUCUCUGCGACUGAUGCUGUUAAUGCUGUCAAGGCUGAUGGUACAUCUGAUGAGGUUAAUGCAACUGUUGAAGGUAAUGAUGAUGUCGAGAAGAAAGACGAGGUUGUUAAUGAUGUGAAAGUAAUGGAUGGAGGAUCGGUGGAGAGUAAAGUCGAUAUGCCGAAUAAUAAUGACAAAAAUGAUACUGUUAAAAGUAUAAAUUGCUCAACUAGCGUAGAUGAUUGCACCGAUGUUACAACUGGAGAGAUUGAAGCUGAGGUUGAUACAUUAAAAUUGGUAGAGAGUAGUAUUGUCAAUGGUGAGUGCAAAGCUGAUGGUGAUGUACUUGAUAAUGAUGAGAACAGUUCUGAGAAUGACACGAGAGAGCCGUCCAAUAUUUCUACUAGUAUAAGUGAUAAUCCAGAUACAUCAGUGCGUACUGACGAGGUAGAAGUAAAUGAUAGUGUUACUAAUAGUAUUGAUGUUCAAAAAACUGUAGAUAACACGACGCAAGUGCCAAAUAAGACCCAAAUACCAACAAUAUCAACGGUCUGUGAUGAAACUAAAAAUAUACAUGAUGGUGUGCCUCAAAACAUUAGUCGUAAUGGAGAUGAAUUGGACAAUCCACUGGUUAAUGAUACGAGUUGUAAGAAUGGACAGCAUGAUGUACAUCGUAGAGCGAGUUUACCCAAUGUUGGAACUGAUAAUUGUGGUGAGGGAGAUGGAGAGACGCAGUUGCCGGUUCCCAGGAAAAAUUCUUCACCCCAGAAAAGACCAAGGAGUGCCUCAACUUCCACACAGGUGGAUCCAAAUCAUUUUGAGUCAAAACGAUCAAAACCGGGAAAUCCGUCGACGAGACCAAUGUUCAGUCCAGGCCCCAGCAGACCUCCGUUCAGAAUACCAGAGUUCAAGUGGUCGUACAUACACCAGAGAUUGCUCUCUGAUGUAUUAUUCUCCCUGGAGACUGACAUUCAAGUUUGGAGAAGUCACUCAACGAAAUCAGUCCUGGACUUUGUUAAUAGCAGUGAGAAUGCUAUUUUCGUCGUCAACACUGUUCACCUGAUUUCACAACUCGCGGAUAAUUUGAUCAUUGCUUGUGGAGGGCUACUGCCACUUUUGGCAUCCGCAACUUCACCAAACAGCGAAUUGGAUGUCAUUGAACCAACUCAGGGUAUGCCCAUAGAAGUAGCGGUGUCUUUCCUCCAAAGGCUAGUGAAUAUGGCUGAUGUACUUAUAUUCGCAAGUUCCUUAAAUUUCGGCGAAUUGGAGGCUGAGAAAAACAUGUCUAGUGGUGGAAUUCUCCGACAAUGUCUUCGUCUGGUCUGUACUUGUGCUGUUAGAAACUGCUUAGAGUGUAAAGAACGCGGCAGAACGUACAGCAUGUUAGGGCGGCAGAUUGGUUCUAGUAAUAAAUCACAGCACAUACAAUCCCUUAUUCGAGGAGCACAAUCGUCGCCAAAGAAUAUUGUGGAUAAUUUGGCAAGUCAAUUGAGCCCAGUUAAGGAUCCUGAGAAGCUCCUCCAGGAUAUGGAUGUCAAUCGACUGAGAGCUGUUAUUUACAGAGAUGUCGAAGAAACCAAACAGGCACAGUUUCUGUCUCUGGCUAUAGUUUACUUCAUCUCUGUACUUAUGGUAUCGAAAUAUCGUGACAUCCUGGAGCCACCAAUAUCUCAGAGACCGCCAAGUCCAGUGCAAUCAAUUCAGACGAAUGGUGCCAACAUCGGAUCCGGCAGUCCAUCAGCAGAUGGGAAUGGUGGUGGAGGAGGUCGUCCACUAUUUCCACAGUGGUCACACCACGUGUAUCCUCAGUUCCUUCCGGGUUCACACCCCGCAGCCAAUGCCAAUGUCAAUGCGAACCACCACAUCAGUCAGCACCACCACCAGCACCCGCUACCGGCUGCCAGGCACACAAAUCGCCAGACCCAAUCCGGCUAUUAUGUCCCAAAUCAUCAUAGUAAUCAUUAUAAUCAUCACCCAAAUAAUUACAACUAUCAUCGACACCAUUAUUAUCAUCAUCACAAUAACAACAAUCACCAUCACUCGCUUCAAAAGCAUAAUGAUCAGCCCCGAAAUAUCUAUCAUAGAAACUCCGGUGUCGGUAUGCAAGGGAGUGGAGGGAUCAUGAGCCAAUCUGGAUCCCAGGAUGAUGGAGAAUACGAAGUUAUCAUAGUGGACGAAAAUAAUUCAUCGAUUCUCGCUGAUCACGAUGUCACAUCAUCAGGUCCACCCUCCACAAAGAGCAAUGACUCAAGUGAAGAGGCAAUGCACCGUUCAAACAUCACAGCGGACCCCAGUCCCUCGGACAUCACGACAGAUAACGAAAAUAAGCAUAAUUCAUCAGAAGAAGCGUGGACGGAUGUUAAUCUCAACGAAGACGGGGACGCAAUGCCCAUAACAAAUGCACGUGAAGAUCCACGAAAUAUUCACAAUAUGUCACACGUCCACGAUCAAGACAGCGAGGGAAAUGUCUUGGAUCAGGAAAACUUGAGAGAUCCAGAGCGAGGAGAGAAACCAUCAGCAGAGAUUUCGGUUGUGCGUGUGCCAGAACGUUUGUUGGUCAGUUCCUCAUCUCCAAGACCUGAUGAUUUACCAAUCAAAGGACUCGUCGAACAUUUGCCCAUUCCCACACCCUCUAGAGAGGCUUCAUUGACUCAGAAACUCGAAAUGGCACUGGGAUCAGUUUGUCCACUUCUUCGUGAGAUCAUGGUCGACUUUGCCCCAUUUUUGUCAAAGACCCUGGUCGGGUCACAUGGACAGGAACUUCUCAUGGAGGGGAAAGGUUUGACGACUUUCAAGAACAGCACGUCUGUUGUGGAACUUGUUAUGCUUCUGUGCUCUCAGGAGUGGCAGAAUUCAUUACAGAAACAUGCAGGAUUGGCGUUUAUCGAACUCAUUAAUGAGGGGAGAUUACUGUCUCAUGCGAUGAAAGACCAUAUCGUACGCGUUGCAAAUGAAGCAGAAUUCAUUCUGAACAGAAUGAGAGCUGAUGAUGUACUAAAGCACGCAGAUUUUGAGUCACAAUGCGCUCAAACGCUUCUGGACCGUCGAGAAGAGGAGAGAAUGUGUGAUCACUUGAUAACUGCAGCACGAAGACGAGACAAUGUCGUUGCAAGUAGAUUAAUGGAAAAAAUUCGUAACAUUCUGUCAAAUAAGCAUGGGGCAUGGGGCUACACAGAUCCAAUGGCUGCCAAUCUCGACGAACUUAACAGAUUAGCCGAGUACUGGAAGCUAGACGCCUGGGAGGAUGAUGCAAGACGACGUAAACGUUUUGUACACAAUCCCCUUGGAUCUAGUCAUCCUGAGGCAACAUUAAAAGCAGCCCUGGAACAUGGUGCCCCUGAGGAUGCAAUUCUCCAGGCACGAGAGGAGUUUCAUGCACACUUGGCAGCAUCACGUGCUCAUCAGCAACAGUUACAAUCCACUGAUCUCAUGGACGAUAGUGAAUUACUCUCUGACGAUAGAGAUCUUGAUAGUGACUUGACUGGUCCAGUUAAUAUCAGCACCAAGGGAAAACUAGUUGCUCCUGGUAUUGUCGCACCUGGAAUCAUCUCCAUAACGUCCACGGAACUUUAUUUCGAAGUUGAUGAGGAGGAUCCUGAAUUCAAGAAAAUCGACAGUGAGGUGUUGAAAUUCUGCGAUCAUCUUCACGGCAAGUGGUACUUCUCAGAAGUGCGAGCGAUAUUCUCACGACGGUACUUGCUCCAAAAUCUGGCCAUCGAGAUUUUCCUUGCCAGCAGAACCUCAAUCCUCUUCGCCUUUCCGGACCAGACGACAGUGAAGAAGGUGAUCAAGGCAUUGCCGAGGGUCGGCGUAGGCAUCAAAUACGGAAUUCCACAGACUAGGAGGGCAUCAAUGAUGUCGCCGAGACAACUGAUGAGGAGCUCAAACAUGACUCAAAAGUGGCAAAGAAGAGAGAUAUCGAACUUUGAAUACCUCAUGUUCCUCAACACAAUUGCUGGGCGAACUUACAACGACUUGAAUCAGUAUCCAGUUUUCCCGUGGGUACUCACUAAUUAUGAAACUAAAGAGCUUGAUCUUAGCUUGCCGAGCAAUUAUCGGGAUUUAUCCAAGCCAAUUGGAGCACUGAAUCCAAGCAGGAGAGCCUACUUUGAAGACCGUUUCCAGAGUUGGGAACACGACAGCAUUCCACCUUUCCAUUAUGGCACUCAUUAUUCAACAGCAGCUUUCGUCCUUAAUUGGCUGAUUCGAGUGGAGCCCAUGACCACGAUGUUCUUGGCGCUUCAGGGUGGCAAGUUUGAUUAUCCCAACAGGCUAUUCUCGUCAAUUGCACUCUCCUGGAAGAAUUGUCAGAGAGAUACGUCCGACGUGAAGGAACUUAUACCCGAGUUCUUUUUCCUUCCUGAGAUGCUCGUGAAUACGAAUAAUUAUCGUCUUGGAAGGAAUGAGGAUGGUAGCUCAGUUGGUGAUGUGGAUUUGCCUCCCUGGGCUAAUUCGCCGGAAGAAUUCAUUAGAAUCAACCGAAUGGCGCUGGAGUCUGAAUUCGUGUCCUGCCAGCUCCAUCAGUGGAUCGACCUCAUUUUCGGCUACAAACAAAGAGGUCCAGAGGCAGUGCGUGCAACAAAUGUAUUCUACUAUCUGACAUACGAGGGAAGUGUAGAAUUGGAUUCAAUAACCGAUCCAGUUAUGAAAGAAGCUAUUGAGAAUCAGAUACGGAAUUUCGGUCAGACUCCAUCGCAACUCUUGAUGGAGCCUCAUCCUCCAAGAAGUUCAGCAAUGCAUUUGUCUCCAAUGAUGUUCUCAAGUAUUCCCGAUGACGUCUGUAUGACCAUUAAAUUCCCAUCAAAUUCACCAAUAUGCCAUAUCUCAGCAAAUACCUACCCACAAUUACCAUUACCAUCGGUAGUGACGGUUACCACUGGCCAACAGUUUGCUGUUAAUCGCUGGAACACCAAUUACGCUGCCUCGGUGCAGUCACCGAGUUAUGCUGACACGCCACAAGCACAAGCUGUUAAUCAACCCUUGUCAAUGGAUCCAGUCUUGUCCCAAACAGCUAAUCACUCGAAUCAAGCGCUGAAGAGGCACCUGGGUGAUAAUUUCAGUCAGAAACUCAAGAUAAGAAGCAACUGCUUUGUUACGACCGUUGACAGCAGGUUUCUGGUGGCAUGUGGCUUCUGGGACAACAGUUUUCGAGUAUUCUCCACGGAAACAGCUAAAAUCGUUCAGAUUGUCUUUGGACAUUAUGGAGUCGUGACGUGUUUGUCCAGGAGUGAGUGCAAUAUCACGUCUGAUUGUUAUAUUGCAUCUGGCAGUGCUGAUUGCACGGUACUACUCUGGCACUGGAAUGCAAGAACUCAGACAAUUGUGGGAGAGAGUGAGGCACCAGCACCGAGAGCUACACUCACUGGCCAUGAGCAGCCGGUCACUGCUGUCGUUAUAUCUGCUGAAUUGGGACUUGUUGUCUCUGGAUCUUACAUGGGGCCAGUUUUGGUGCACACAACAUUUGGCGACUUGUUGAGAUCUUUAGAGCCUCCAAAUGGUUUUACCUCACCUGAAAACAUUGCAAUGUCCAGGGAAGGGGUGAUAGUUGUGAAUUACGAGCGUGGUCAUAUCGCUGCAUUCACUAUAAACGGUAAACGGUUACGUCAGGAGUCUCAUAACGACAAUCUCCAGUGUCUACUGCUGAGCAGAGACGGUGAAUAUCUGAUGACAGGAGGCGACAAGGGAAUUGUCGAGGUCUGGAGAACUUUCAAUCUGGCGCUCCUUUAUGCCUUCCCAACUUGCGAGGGCAGUGUCAGAUCGCUGGCGCUAUCUCACGACCAGAAAUUCUUACUGGCUGGUUUAGCAAAUGGUUCAAUCGUCAUAUUUCACAUCGAUUUUAACAGAUGGCAUCACGAAUUUCAACAGAGAUACUGAAAUUACGGUUGCCUAUUCGUCCGCUAUUGAAUGAUUCACCAGAGCAGAAAAACUGAGUAAAUAAUAAAACAUAAUGUAACGACAUCAUGGAAAGUUAAAAGCUGCAUAAUCGAUGAAUUUGUACUUAAAUCAUGAUAUAAUACGAGAUGGAGAUGUUCGGGGGAAUAUUGAUCAUAUAUGAGAGUAUUGACGGAACGAAUUGUUGGCAAAAUUAGCGUAAGUAGACAAUUAAACAGUACUUAUUAAAAACAUACAUUUUUUGUAUUGUCGAACAUUUGGCAAUGAAGUACUUAGAAAAUAGGCGUUUAGAUUAAACUCCAAGGGAGCUGAAGCCCCCAAUUUCUUUGAAAAAUUGACUCCUGGUGAAUGGAAAUUGUUCUCAAUAAUUGAUCAAUAAUUGCCCAUCGAUAAAUGCUUGAUAUCUGUCUAUGAGCUGCAUUCUGUAAUAGCACAGAAACGCUAGUCAAUUAAAGAGAAAUAAUUAUCUUUUCCCGAAAAAUUUGCGAGAAGUGGUACGUUUAAUCAACAUGAAUUGCAAAAGUCAAAUUCUUAAAGCAAAUAUGAUAAAAAGUGGUAAAAAACAGUAACAAUACCAGAAUGGCGUGUGGACUUAUUUUUGUGUCUUAAUGCAUAUACGUGGGGUUGACGCUAUACAUAAUAUAUAUUGUUUACGUUGUAAUUUUCUGUGUAAAUAAUUGAUAAUCUCAAUGUUAUACAAAAAUAUCUUAUAACAAGAAGUGAAAAGGUUGGAAAAUCGACAAAAAAAUAUCGCGUUCACAUUCUGUAAUUAUCGCGCGAUUGUUACAUUUACUGCGCGUAAAGAUAAACAAUUAAAAAUCCACGGCUUUCGUGCCACCGUUGUCCGACGAUGAGGAAAGGUCUCCGAUAAAAAUCAAUCGUGUUUAUGGAAAAAUGGAAGAUAAUGCCCUGAAUUAGAAAAAUGCCAUUUUUUCUCAGUGGCCGCGAAAAAAAUAUUGUCACGUCCUUCUAAAUAAACUCCUAAUUUCAUCAGAGCCGUCCAGCUUAACUUUGUGAGAAUAUUUCUUGAUAUUUUCGCAUAUUUCGCAAAUUGUACUUAAAAAUCAAGAGAGACGAGAGGAAAAAAAUCAAUCGAUCCUUAAAAAAAAUGUACUUAAACCUAUUACAGCACCUGAAAGAAAUAAAUGACCACCCUGGUAUGUAACAGCCCCUCCAUCCCGGUGAGUUUGCUGUAAAAAUAAAAAUAACAAUGAGAGAAUAAAAUAAACUGAAAGUUUUUAUUCCCUCUUCGACAUUGCAAAGUAAAUGAAUUACAUGUUGCUUAUAUACAUACGCCGAUUAUAAAUACUAAUGUAUACAUAUAAAUAACAGAAAUAUAUAAAUAAUGAAUAUAUAUAUAUGAGUGUAUAAAACAGGCAAGAAGAUAGGUGCAUUUUUGGGGACAUGUAAUAUAAUUGGCGUACGCAAUCGAGUAUUUAAAUUUGUGAGAUAAUUAUCCCCUCUCACAAUAGGACGGCACAUGCUUUAUAAAAAUUAUCAAUAUUUUAUUGUCGGCAUGAGUGAAUUAUAAAGAAGAAGACAUUGGAUAAGUAGCUGUAUUAAUAAAUGAAAUUGUCCGCGACACUUCGAUCGGUGUCGAUUAACGUUCGCUUUUUGUAUUGUAAAAACAUUAAGAAAAUUAACAUCAAUGACUAGGCAAUUAGGUCAAGUAUUACCAAGCAAAUUGAAUUUGAGACAAAAUAAUUAUGCGUUAUAGUUGUGAGCUUGAGGAAGUCGGUGAGAAUAAAAAGAGAGAACAUUGCAACAUGCAUCAAUGUACAUGAGUAAAUUAAUUAACUGUAGUGGUUAAUAAAUUUUGUCAAUCAAUCAAUCAAUUCAUCAAUCACUUAGUUAAUUUUGAAAUUUCGUUGAAAUUUAAUUCAGUGUGUGCUCUAAAUUAAUAAUUGUAAUGGAAUUUUAUGUUUUCUUUUAUCGUCAUUGCACCCUCUAACUAGUCAAAUGAAAAUUGAUGAAACAGGCUAAUAUACAUAAAAAUUAAUGAUUACCAUAAACAAAAUGUGAAAAAAAUCAACGGAUGGAAUUAGUGGUUAUGUGUUUAAUAUAUUGCACAGUGUAGCAAUAUUGUAGGAUUUAAUGGCAGGAAUGUGAAAUUCGUGGUGUCGUUGUAAGAUACUCGUCGUUCGCGCUUCUCGAGUAAUUAUUUGUUGAUAAUUCGUAAAAAUAGAUAUAAAUACUGGAAAGAAAUGAUAAUUAAAAGGAACCGGCGGUAGGCUGAUUACUUUUAUUAUUAUUUAUUAGGAGAACAGAAAUUUUCUUCAGUACCGUUGAUGUAAUAUUCCGUUACAUUCCAAUGGCAUUUAAUCCAAAAUUACCACCAAAUUGGCAUUACAAAGUACCAAAAGACUUGAAAAAGUCAUUGCUCCAAAUACAUAUUCUAUAUGUUAGUAAAUGAAUGAGGGCUAAAUUCCUGGAAAAAAUUCCCCUCGCCAGCGAAAAUUUUUUACAAUUCUUUUAUAGUCAAUGUAAGAAUGCUGUCAAAUUUUAUCAAAGGCAAAAUGUUCUUAGCAAAUUCCCUCCAUUAAGUGAAAAACUAUAAUUGCAAACUCAAAUCAAUUUCUGUCCGAAACUCGAAAUGAAAAAUGGGGAAAAUAAAAAAAAGUAUCGAUUAUGAAAUAAUGCUAUUUUAAAUAACGCUAAGUACAAUGCUACAAGAGUUCGCCUAUAUUAUUACGACAUAGAAUUGUGGGAAAGAUGAAGACAACUUACGAAUCAUUGAAUAAAUUUAAAAAAUGCGACGUAAAUUUAAUGUUGACAGGUGAAAUCCGAGUGGAUGGGCUAGAUUUGUAUAUUCUAUGAGUAUGCGCAUUAAUGUUCACGUGUGGAGUAAUCACAAUUGCCCACCAUUAAUAUUGGGCAUCAUUUGAAAAGAAUCAUUGAAAUACAAAAUGUGUAUGAGCUGUGUAAUGUUUUAAUUGGGCAAAUUCAUUGGCAUUUUGUAAUUAAUUGAACCCUCCCACUUCUUCAGAACCAUUUUAAAGUGUAUCAACAAUCAAUUUAAUUAUCUCGAAGCUUUGAGAAUCGAAUAAUAGGUACAUGAAACAAGAGUGAAAAAUAUUUAAUGAAAAUAUAAUGCUGAAAAUAAUCCUAUUAGCUUUGUAAUAAAUAAAUUUCAUUGGCAAAAUUUAGAAUGAAAAAAAUGGUUAAUAUAAAUAUGAUUAGAGAGACAAUUCAGCUGACAUUAAAUGCUGCAAUUUGUUUUCAUACGAAACUCGAUAACUUAAAUUGAAAGAAAACAAACUCAACAUUCGAAAAGAAAAUAACGAUUGCUUUAGAUUUUUUACCGCCCGCGAAUUAGUGACAUGUAAAGAAUUCGACCAGUAGGCUGCUCGAUAAUUAGUCAUUACCAUAAUAUUGUAACUUGUUACCACGUGUAGAUUAUUUUAUUCCAUAUAAGAGAUAAAUUCCAUUCCUUGUAGAAAGACUCAUGAGAGCUGUAGUCGUUCGAGUGGCCUAAUCUCCCAUGAAUUUAAAAAUUUCAUUCCAUUAUCUGUUUCUCCUAGUCUAGCAAAGGUAGGUUUUAAUAUUUGAAUAAUUCUUGCACUGCAUUUUAAUGAUUCAAUAAUUUUCAAUAAAAAAUCGCAUUUUCCCAUCGUUCAUCUUCAUCGACGGACAAAGGGGAAGACAAAUAUGAUUACGAAGCUCACCGCCACUUUUACAAAACUAAAUAGAUGAAUAGAAAAAAGUAAAGGGAAGGACUUGAAAAAA